GAUUGGCCGCUUUGAAUUCUCCCGGCGCGGCGCCAUUGGCGGGGCGCGGCGGCGGCCGGGCGCGCUCAGUUCGAAUGCGCCCCUCCCGGCGCGGCGCCAGCCGGGACCUCCUUGUGGCGGCGGCGAGCGGGCUCGGGCGCGCGGCGGCGGCUCAGGGAUAAUCAUAUCAAACAGCAAUGGACGACUAUACAAAAAUAGAGAAGAUUGGGGAAGGUACUUAUGGUGUUGUAUAUAAAGGACGGCACAAAGCAACAGGCCAAGUGGUUGCCAUGAAGAAAAUACGUCUAGAAAGUGAGGAAGAAGGUGUUCCAAGUACUGCUAUCAGAGAAAUUUCUUUAUUAAAAGAGCUACAUCAUCCCAAUAUAGUCUGUCUUCAGGAUGUACUUAUGCAGGAUUCAAGACUGUACCUCAUCUUUGAAUUCCUUUCCAUGGAUCUCAAGAAAUAUUUGGAUACUAUUCCAUCUGGCCAAUAUUUGGAUCAUGCACGUGUUAAGAGUUACUUGUAUCAAAUAUUGCAAGGUAUUGUGUUCUGCCAUUCAAGAAGAGUUCUGCACCGAGACUUAAAACCUCAGAAUCUCUUAAUAGAUGACAAAGGAGUGAUUAAACUAGCAGACUUUGGAUUGGCUCGAGCCUUUGGAAUUCCAGUGCGGGUAUACACACAUGAAGUAGUGACACUGUGGUACAGGUCUCCAGAGGUGUUGCUAGGAUCUGCUCGUUACUCAACUCCUGUAGAUAUAUGGAGCAUAGGUACCAUAUUUGCUGAGCUGGCCACUAAAAAGCCUCUCUUCCAUGGGGACUCUGAGAUUGAUCAGCUCUUCAGAAUCUUCAGAGCUUUAGGGACCCCCAACAAUGAGGUAUGGCCUGAAGUGGAAUCCCUGCAAGACUACAAAAACACAUUCCCAAAAUGGAAACCUGGCAGCCUGGGAACACAUGUCAAAAACUUAGAUGAAGAUGGACUAGAUCUGCUGUCUAAAAUGUUAAUUUAUGAUCCUGCAAAAAGAAUUUCUGGCAAAAUGGCCUUGAACCAUCCAUAUUUUGAUGACUUGGACAAAUCUACACUUCCAGCUAAUCUGAUCAAGAAAUUCUAGACUUUUGGACUAAAUCAACCUGAGUGAAAUAAUUGUGAUUAUUUUUACUGUUAAGUCUGUCUGUAACUUGUAUGUCUGUCUUUCUGCUCUAAAAUUGUGGCUGUAUUUAGUGUGUUCUGGUUUAAGUGUUAUCUAAAUGUAAAUAUUAACCUAUUAGUGCUCAGCUCAACUACAAUGCAAGUAUUACUGCUGUCAAUGCAGUACACUUUCUAUAAAUAAAGCUUUAAACCCAGAAAA